AUGCUGAAAAGGCUGCUAUCUGUCAACAGAUCGCAUAAACAUAAGGAUAACUCCCCCGAGAGUAAAGUUGCGGGCAAUGGGAAGCCCAAACGAUCUUCUACCAUAUCGAAGCGUACGGCUCCUCGAGAUCAUAUCCCUAGAGCCAUACCUGUAGACAACUUUCCAAAAAAUGGAGAUAAUAAACAGGGUGUCGAGGAUUCUCAAGGGAACGAGCCUACUGUGGUUCGAUUAGAUGAUUUAACAGGGAGCAGCCCUGGUGAUAGUGCUGCUGGAGGUAUUCCCAAAGAAGAGAUUAAACUACCCCAGGAUUUGAACGUUUCAUACACAUUUUCGACAUGGUCGCCCGCCACUGAUCAAGCGACAGCAGGUAGCAUGCCGGCACAGGAGAUAAAUGUGACCCCACCAAUCAGCUCAAACACAAUAUCGUUGGAACCACGAGUAAGCAAGGGACUCCCAUUUGGUGACGGUUCCAAUAAAGUGUUUGGGUAUGAGAACUUUGGAAACACGUGCUACUGCAAUUCGGUACUACAAUGCCUGUACCAUCUUCCAGAGUUUAGGCUGCGGGUGCUCGAGUACCCUGAAAAGCCAGAGGAGCAAGAGAGACAUAGAAAAAGGGCCAUGGUCGGGAAACAUCCGCGGUUGUUUACUCGAGAAAGUUUUCAGACCACUGAUAAUUUGCCGAAAAACGCAGGUAAAAACAGUAGGAGCGCUUCUUCCAACAGCGAAGACAGUAAUAUGGGAAACGGUAACGCUGGGGAAGCUUCUUCACAUCAUCUUCACCAUUUUGGGAAUCACUACGACAACAAAAACAAGAGAAGCUCAUUUAUCUCCUUCGGUAGGCAUGGAUCAGAUAAUUCCAAAGCAUCCAAAAACGAACAAGCUAUUGAGGACGACCAAAAGAUUGAGCCAGUGCAUUCGGUGAUCAUGGCUGCUGAUAACAUCACAGAGAAACUGCAUGAAGGCUGUCGAACUAUUAUAGUAGGCAGAAAAUCCCUACCGUCAUCGAUCAAACUAAACAGUUCUUGGGAGAGGGAAAAUGCGUCCUCCUUAGAGCCACGCAAUAACAACGGCUACAGCAUUAACAGUAACUCGAAUAGUGCGGAUCCAUCAGCGGGUGCAAACACAGCAAAAUCGCCAAUCCCUGCCGAUGUGUACACGAGUGAACAGCGGAAAAAGAAUGCGUUAAUAACAGGCCCAGUCUUAAACAUCGAUCACAUGGUAGCGGUCACAGCGAAACCGAACCUUUACAAUACACUAAAGGAGAUCUUUGAAUGCAUAACGGAGAAUGAGAAUUAUACUGGCGUAGUAUCACCAACGCUGUUUGUAAAGACACUAAAGAAAGAAAACGUUUUGUUCAACACACAAAUGCAACAGGAUGCACACGAAUUUCUCAACUUUCUGCUGAACGACUUGAACGAUUAUUUACAGUCUCGCGGACAAACGUACAUUCUGAAUCAGUUCCAGGGUACGGUCACUAACCAAAUAAAAUGUCUAACUUGUGAUACUAUCACAUCAAGCAGUGAGCCGUUCCUGGAUUUUCCUAUUGAGGUCGAAGCUGACGAAGAAAAGUACAUUCAGAAUGUGAUGGAGCACUACCAGCAGCGAGAACUUUUGAGAGGUUCUAAUAAAUUUUACUGUAACGAAUGUUGUGGUCUGCAAGAGGCAGAACGACUGGUCGGUUUGAAAAGCUUGCCCAAAACUUUAUCUCUGCAUUUAAAACGGUUUAAGUACUCAGAGGAAAAGAACGCCAACGUUAAGUUGUUUAACAAAAUCCAUUAUCCUUUGAUUCUGAAUGCCUCCUCCACAUUCGACUCAUCGGUUUCUAAAUCAUAUAGGCUUCAGGGGGUAGUAGUUCAUAUGGGGAACGGACCUCAUCAUGGACACUACGUCUCCCUAUGCCAUACUGAGUUAUUUGGUUGGUUGCUCUUCGAUGACGAAACCGUGGAGUCUGUGGAUGAAAGUUAUGUCCUCGAUUUUGUUGGAAGUCACGAAAGUCCCACAACGGCUUACGUUCUUUUUUACAGUGAAAUUGAUGGCUCAGAGAGGGCUGUGCAAGAAAUACCUGCUGUAUAUGAGAGGGACCUUUUCGAAGCCACUAUUAAAAAGCUUAUAUCCCUAGACAACGAAGUCAAAAGGAAACAAUCAGAGGACAAACGGCAGGAGGAACAGAAUUUAGCUAAGGCAAGACAGGCCUUGAUUCAAGAUGCUGACCAGGCGAAAGGAGCAGGACUCCGUAAAGGUAAACCCCCGGCAGCUCCUCAGGGUCGCAGUAAAUCAACAUCAUCGAAAACAUUUAAAAGAAAAUCAAUAAUGAGCUUUAUCAAGAGUUAA